GUUAAGGAGCCGAGUUUUUAGUUGCUGGUUUCAUCACUUGCAUUUAUUGGCGGGAAUAGAUAGCACCUGCUUUCUUCAACCACGAGCUCUCCCUGAAAACUUUUUUGUACAUAUACCUGCUCUGCUCUCUGUGUUUUGAUUUUUGAUCUCUUUUUGUCUGUCUGCUACAUUUAACUCAAACCAUCUGUGUAAUAUGGAGGAGGUUGAGUUGGCAUGCAACAAGCUCCCAGACCACAACACAACGGUACCCAAAAUGGAUCAACCAAUAGCCGAAAAGCGCACAGUCUCGUUCUUUGGGCUUUUCGCUGCUGCUGAUUCAGUAGAUUAUAUAUUAAUGUUGUUUGGAAGUAUUGGGGCGUGCAUACAUGGCUCUGCGCUUCCAGUAUUCUUCGUCUUGUUUGGCCGUAUGAUCGAUUCUCUGGGACAUCUCUCUAACAAUUCUCACAAAUUGUCUUCCCGGGUUUCACAGAAUGCUUUAUACUUGGUAUAUCUAGGAGUGAUUAUAUUGGCAGCAGCGUGGAUAGAUGUUAUUUGCCAUCUUUCAGGUGUUGCAUUCUGGAUGCAGACUGGGGAGAGACAGACAGCUCGUUUGCGUCUCAAAUAUCUGCAGUCAAUUUUGAAAAAGGAUAUAAAUUUCUUCGACACCGAAGCCAGGGAUGCUAAUAUCCUUUUCCACAUUUCAAGUGAUGCAAUACUAGUUCAAGAUGCAAUAGGCGACAAGACAGGGCAUGCUUUGCGUUAUCUAUCUCAGUUCAUAGUUGGGUUUGCCAUUGGAUUUACAUCCGUAUGGAAGCUUACGCUUCUCACCUUGGGUGUCGUUCCAUUGAUAGCCAUUGCAGGCGGAGCUUAUACUAUAAUUAUGUCUACAUUAUCAGAAAAAGGUGAGGCUGCUUAUGCUGAAGCUGGGAAAGUAGCUGAAGAGGUAAUUUCUCAGGUCCGUACUGUGUACUCGUUUGUUGGGGAGGAGAGAGCAGUUGAAGCAUAUUCCAAAUCGCUUAAUAAGGCCCUCAAACUGGGUAAGAAAGGUGGUUUGGCCAAAGGGCUUGGUGUAGGAUUCACAUAUGGGCUGUUGUUCUGUGCUUGGGCAUUGCUUCUGUGGUAUGCAGGCAAACUUGUUAGGCACGGAGACACAAACGGGGGAAAAGCAUUCACAACAAUUAUCAAUGUCAUCUUUAGCGGAUUUGCUCUUGGUCAAGCGGCUCCGAACCUCGCUGCCAUUGCUAAAGGUCGAGCUGCUGCUGCCAAUAUAUUAAGCAUGAUUGAUUCAAAUGGCAACUCUUCUGAUAAGUUAGAUAAUGGAACAUUGCUGCCAAAAGUCUCAGGGCAGAUUGACUUUUCGGAAGUCUCUUUUGCUUAUCCAUCACGACCCAAUAUGGUGUUUGAAAAAUUGAGCUUUUCAAUCAGCUCUGGAAAGACUUUUGCAUUUGUUGGUCCCAGCGGUUCAGGAAAAAGUACAAUUAUUUCGUUGAUUCAACGUUUCUAUGAACCCACUUCAGGUAGAAUACUAUUAGAUGGGCAUGAUCUUAAAACUCUCAAGUUAAAAUGGUUGAGAGAACAAAUGGGAUUGGUCAGUCAAGAACCAGCUUUGUUUGCUACUACUAUAGCCGGAAAUAUUCUGUUCGGCAAAGACGAUGCUAGCAUGAAUCAGAUUGUAGAAGCUGCCAAAGCUGCAAAUGCCCAUGCUUUUAUUCAAGGAUUACCUGAUGGAUACUCUACUCAGGUAGGAGAGGGAGGGACUCAGCUUUCUGGAGGUCAGAAACAGAGAAUUGCUAUUGCUAGAGCAAUGCUAAGAAACCCGAAGAUAUUGCUCCUAGAUGAGGCAACAAGUGCUCUUGAUGCAGAAUCUGAAAAAAUUGUUCAACAGGCACUGGACAAGAUAAUGUCUCAUCGCACUACUAUCGUUGUUGCACAUCGGCUAUCAACUAUACGAGAUGUGGAUACAAUCAUUGUCUUGAAGAAUGGUCAAGUUGUUGAAAUUGGAAAUCAUUCAGAGCUGAUAUCGAAAAAGGAAGAGUAUGCAACACUGGUGAGUUUGCAGGCAACAGGACAAGUACAAACUUCCACAUUAACGUUUGGAGAAAUAUUAUCUCGCUCUCAAAGUUCAAAGAUUUCCAGCUUUCGAGAACUCUCAAGCAGCCACCGGUAUCAAGAGGACCUCAAGUCAAAUUCCAUAAGGGAGCUAGAACCAAGUAAUCAAAAAUUGUCAUCUCCAAACGCAGCUACUACUCCAUCAAUAUGGGAGUUACUAAAACUAAAUGCACCAGAGUGGCCCUAUGCACUACUUGGUUCUGUUGGUGCCAUUCUUGCUGGAAUGGAAGCUCCUCUUUUUGCCCUCGGAAUUACUCAUAUCUUGACUGCAUUUUAUUCCCCUCAUGCUUCUCAAGUCAAACACGAGGUUGAAAGGGUAUCUAUAAUAUUUGUUGGAGCAGCUGUUGCUACUAUUCCAAUAUAUCUGUUACAGCACUAUUUCUAUACAUUGAUGGGGGAGCGGCUAACAUCGCGUGUUCGUUUGUUCAUGUUCUCGGCUAUCCUUUCCAAUGAAGUGGGGUGGUUUGAUUUGGAUGAGAAUAACACUGGCCAACUUACAUCAAUUUUAGCAGCCGAUGCUACAUUAGUGCGCAGUGCUCUUGCUGAUCGUUUAUCAACAAUUGUGCAAAACUUAGCCCUCACUGUCACUGCCUUUGUUAUUGCCUUCAUAUUAAGUUGGCGAAUAGCUGCUGUUGUCAUUGCCUCACUCCCCUUACUUAUUGGAGCUUCCAUUACUGAGCAAUUUUUUCUCAAGGGAUUUGGAGGAGAUUACAGCCGUGCCUACUCCAGAGCAACUGCUGUGGCACGUGAAGCAAUUGCUAAUAUACGCACUGUUGCUGCAUUUGGUGCUGAAGAGCGACUCUCAAAUCAAUUUGCCUCUGAGUUAAGCAAACCAAACAAGAAAGCACUUUUACGAGGCCAUAUAUCAGGUUUUGGAUAUGGUUUAUCACAGCUUUUUGCAUUCUGCUCCUAUGCACUUGGCCUUUGGUAUGCAUCGGUUUUAAUCAAGAAGAAAGAGUCCAAUUUCGGAGACAUAAUGAAAUCCUUCAUGGUGCUGAUAAUCACUGCAUUGUCAAUAGCAGAAACUCUUGCUCUCACCCCAGACAUUGUCAAAGGGUCACAAGCACUUGGCUCGGUUUUCAGUAUCCUCCAAAGAAAAACAGCCUUAGAUCCUAACGAUCCCACAUCCAAUGUAAUCGAUAAUAUCAGGGGAGACAUAGAAUUCAGGAACGUGAGUUUCUGCUAUCCUGUUAGGCCCGACAUCACCAUUUUCAAUGGUUUGAAUCUCAAAGUCCAGGCAGGAAAAAGUCUUGCAGUGGUCGGGCCAAGUGGUUCGGGGAAGAGUACUGUGAUUUCAUUAGUAAUGAGGUUCUACGAUCCCGAUGUGGGAACAGUUCUGAUUGAUGGAUGCGAUAUAAAAACCUUCAAUUUGAGAUCAAUGAGGAAGAAAAUAGGCCUAGUUCAGCAAGAGCCGGCAUUGUUCUCCACAACAAUAUACGAGAACAUCAAAUAUGGGAAAGAAGAGGCAUCGGAAAUUGAAGUAAUGAAGGCGGCGAAAGCAGCAAAUGCUCAUGGUUUUAUUAGCAGAAUGCCUGCUGGGUAUCAAACCGAAGUUGGAGAGAGAGGAGUGCAGUUAUCUGGGGGACAGAAACAGAGGGUGGCGAUUGCCAGAGCAAUUCUAAAAGACCCAUCGAUUCUUCUUUUAGAUGAAGCAACAAGUGCCUUGGACACGGCAUCUGAGAAAAUGGUUCAAGAGGCUCUUGAUGUUCUUAUGGAAGGUCGAACCACAAUUAUGGUAGCACAUAGAUUGUCAACCAUUCGUGAUGCACAUAGAAUUGCUGUUUUGCAGCAUGGUAAGGUAGUUGAAAUCGGUAGCCAUGAACAACUCAUUGGGAAACCCGGUAGCGUUUAUAAGCACUUAGUCAGGCUACAAGAGGAGAAGACUGUAGAAUUGCUUGAUUAAAUUCUAAGAAUUUACGUUAUACUUUUGCUUCCUGUAUAACCUUUAAGUAAAGCUCAAGUCAAACUGUGUAUAAUUUUUAUAAGAAGUUAAUUCUUUUUGUCUGGAGAAACAAAAUUUAAUAUCA